AUGCCGGGUCCAGAUGUUCGCACUCAUGACAAUGUUCUCGGCGAGAUGUCAGCAGAGCCUACGGCUACGGUACAUAGCGGUGUGGAAGCCAAAACUGAAAGGAAACUGACGGUUCUUGAAAGCCACGGUUACAUGCUUGGCAGAACAAUUGGGUCCGGUUCCUAUGCAACUGUUAAGGUGGCCUCUAGCGACAGACAUAAUUGUCAAGUUGCUAUUAAAAUAAUCAGUAAAUUUCAAGCCCCUGGUGAUUAUUUAAAAAAGUUCUUACCUAGAGAAAUCGAAGUAGUUAAAGGCUUAAAGCAUGAAAAUUUAAUACGUUUUCUUCAAGCAAUAGAAACCACACAUAGAGUUUACAUAGUAAUGGAAUACGCCGAGAACGGGAGCCUGUUAGACAUUAUACGAAAAGACCAGCACAUCGAUGAGACCCGUGGACGUCGCUGGUUCAAGCAGCUGGUCGAAGCUGUCGAUUACUGUCACGAACGCGGUGUUGUUCACAGGGACAUCAAAUGCGAAAAUCUCCUGAUGGAUCACGGCUUGAACAUAAAACUUUCCGAUUUUGGCUUUGCUCGAGGGCAUAUGAAGCCGAAAAACGGAGUUUUCGCCUUAAGCGAGACAUUUUGUGGGAGUUACGCAUAUGCGUCACCCGAAAUUUUAAAAGGCGUUCCGUACAGGCCACAGGAUUCUGAUGUUUGGAGUAUGGGAGUAGUAUUAUAUGCCAUCGUCUACGGACGUCUCCCGUUCGACGACACCAAUUACACACAAUUACUCAAGCAAGUUCAAAAUAAAGUAUCAUUUCCCCGUGAACCUAAAGUGUCUGCGGAGUGUAGGAAACUUAUAACUAGGAUACUAGCCCCAUUAAAAAUGCGAGUAAAGAUCCCUCAGAUUCUAGCGGAUCCAUGGCUCAACCCCAACCAGCAAUCUAAACAUGACGAAACGGAUUUACAAGAACACGCGAAAACCAGCAAAGAAGAGAUAAAAAGUGUCAACAUCGGAACCGUAACGUACGAUAGAAAAUUAGAAGAAGUUAAAUAA